CUGUAGGGUGGUUGUAUUAAGCCAGUCGGUCAUUAGUGACGUAGCAGGUACAGAUCUGUAAAAGAAGACUUAAAUUUGGCUUCCAUUCUUCAAUUUCCGGCUCUCUGUUUUGUCUUCCCAGAUCAGAGCAGAUCCAGUAAUUGUCAGAUUCUGCCUCUGUAUCCAUGGAGACGGUGGGAGAAGGAGGAGAUGCUGUUUUUUUCUACAGGAGACUACGUCGUCGUUUUCUUACCAUUGACUGUCUCUUCUCUCAUGUCUUUCUUGUCUGUGGUUGUGGUGGUUGGUGGUCGAUGGUUUUCAUUUUUUCCUUAUUUUCUAUUUCUUCACAACUCUGUUUCUGUGUUGCUUCCUUUACUUCUUCUCCAACUCCAAAUACAUCCCCUACUUCCCCCAUUGAUCCACCGACAGGUCCUUUAAAUAGACAGAAAGACGAUCACUUUCACCGGAAAAUUGCAAUUGCAGUCGGUGUUUCAGCUGGGUUUCUUUUCUUCUUGUUGAUUCUGAUGGGUUUUCUUGCUACUUUCUUGCUUAGAUUGAGAAGGAAACGCAGACCCAGAAAGCAAAAUGUUGUGGGUAUUGAUGAUAAUGGUGUGAAUGAAGAAAAGGGAAAGAUUGUUGAUGAUGGGUUUGGUAAUGGUGUCAAGAAGUAUAAUUGGGAUGAAAUACUGAAAAUCACCAUGGAUUUCUCUAAAGUGGUUGGGUCUGGUGGGUUUAGUACUGUCUAUUUGGCUCGAUUACUUGGUUUAGAUUCAACAAUGGCGGCAGUCAAGAUCUUCACCAGUGACCAUCUGAACCGAGUUUUCAAGCAGGAGUUAGAAAUCUUGCUCAACCUUCAACAUGACAACAUUGUCAAGUUCUUGGGAUACUGUGACAAUGAAAAUAAUCAAGAUCAUGAAGAAGGUGCCUUAGUCUUUGAGUUUGUCCCCAAUGGAACCUUACAGGAGAAGCUUCAUGAAAUCGAAUCAGAUUCAAAGGUUCUUUCGUGGAGAAGACGCAUGGCCAUAGUUUUCCAACUAGGACAGGCAAUUGAGUAUCUUCACGAACACUGCAGCCUCCAAAUCGUCCAUGGGGACAUCAAGGCUUCAAACAUACUUCUUGACCAAAACCUCAACUGCAAGCUCUGCGACUUCGGGUCUGCAAAGAUGGGUUUUUCUUCAAUGGUGAUGCCGUCCAAGAAAGUGAUGAUGGGUUCACCUGGUUACACUGAUCCCCACUACAUGCGAACCGGAAUUGCAUCAAAGAAGAACGAUAUCUACAGCUAUGGAGUCAUCAUUUUAGAGCUUGUGACUGGUAUGCAGGCGUUCUGUUCGACGAAAUGCCAGCUCUUGACCUCUGUUUUGGGACCUAAUCUCAGGGAUAUUGACCACUGUGAAGCGAAGAAGUUGAAGGAAAUGGUGGAUCCAUUACUGGGUAGUGAUUUUAACAUGGAAGAAGUAAGAGCUAUGCUUUCAAUCUCUUCCCGUUGCCUUGGACAAUCCCCAACUCUCAGGCCUUCAGCUACCCAAAUCUUGCUUGAUAUGAAGGACAGUGUUUCUUCCAUCUCCUUCCUCUCCUCACCUGAGAAGAAGUGAAGAACUCACCUGCAUAACCACAAAUUUAUGGGUUUUCAAUUUUUUUUUCUUGUGUUAGUUUCAAAUUGUUGUUUACAUGUUAAAAUCAUAAAACAGCCGCCACCACUGUGGAAGAGCCAUGGGUGUAGCUUUUGGAGCUUUUUUUUUAGUGGGUUAGGAGAUACUGGGAAGAUAAUGAUUGUCUAAAAUUUGUUAAUAUCUCAUUUGUAAGUAGAUCGUUUGUAACAUAAAACCUAUACAAACAUGCAUGUGUGUUGAUGUAUUCUACAAA